AUGCCUACCUCCUCCUCCUCGACCUCCGGCUCGACCUCAGAUUCCACCACCGCCGCCGCCACCGCCGCCGCCACAGCCCCUGCCACCUCAUCUUUCCAGAAAACAGUGUCAUUACAUGACUGGUGGUUGAUCAAAGCCGAGAAGAAGCUCCAAGGGAAGAGGAUUGCUGUUGCCGGCUUAACUUCUCCAGAGAAAAUACCAGUUCGUGUGUUUCACUCUGCAGCAAUUACCAAAAGACACGAUGUUUUCACUGUUGAGACAGCCGAUGGCUUCACUGUAAUUAUCCAAGGUUACAUUAACAGGAAGCUCACUGUUGAAAAUGGGUUUUCCUCACAGGUUUUGCGGCAUUUCUGUUUUGGCUUUCCUCCUGAUUGGGAAGAAUGUGCAACAAAGUUGAUGAAUACUAACUGUGAAAACGAGGCGGAGCCUCCAGUAUCUCAAAAAGAAUGCCAUCCUAGUUUCUCGGCCAUGCCAGUGGAAGAUGGUGUUAAUAAUUUGAAGAAUGUUGCCUCCAAGAACCUUCCACCACUAUCAAGUUGCCAUAUAAAUGCUGUAAGUUGGACGAAAGAUAGCAUGGUGAUACCAGCCGAACCUUCUAGUCACCAUUUGGCACUAUCUUCUGGAAAGAUAGAUGUUUUAGAAGGCAGCAAGAAAAGCAAAAUGAGGUCCUUUGGAAAGUCAAUGGCCAAAAGGUCAGCUAGUUUAGAAAGAAUUGGCAUCAAGAAUGAUGCAUCAGGGGAAUACUCUGUAUGUGGAGAUUCUAAUGCAUCAGCGGCAUACUCAGUACACACAGAUAAUGAUGAGGACAGUAUCGCUACAUCCACCGUUGACCAGACACCUUCUGUUGGAACCUCAGUUGCGGUGCUGGCAAUGAACUCAAAAGAGUUAAAGAGUGCAAAGGAAAAUGAAGGAAACAAGGAUUCACUGGAGAGUAGAAGUAAUUUCUCAACACGAUUUUUCACUCCAGGCCCUCAGGCUAUGGUAGGAUGUAUUGAUGAUGAUACUACAGAAGGACCAACACCAGGAGAUUCCAAUAAUUUAAAUCAGUCUGCAAAUUGUCUUGUGGGAACCUCUAUGUUCUCCAGCAUGCAGUCAGGCAUUAGUCCAUCCAUGGUAGAAACAGAUACAAUGAAUGCUAAUCUGAGUGAUUCUGGACGUAGAAAAAGCACAACCUCUUUGACGAAUAUGAUAACUAUCCAGAUACAGAAAUCUGUCUCUGGAAAUUCAGUGAAGGACAAAGCUAAAGAGUUGAUAUCAGAUGAAGGUAAACUGAAGAGAAAUUCAGGCAGAACGCUUCGCUCCUCGGGUAAAGUGGACAUAGCAGAGGCAAUGCUUAGAGCUUCAAGACCAUGGAAAGAAUUGUCAGGAAAUUCAAGAAGUAAAGAGAAGAUAGAGACGAUAGCUGUUGAGAAAGGAGGUUCAUCCACAAAGCAAGCUAGAAGGAAAGGUGUUUUUGAUGCCGAUAUAAGAAAAGUGAAGACAUUUAUUCGUUCUUCAGAAUCCUUGAGUCUUAAACGAUCAAGAUCAGGGAGACUACUUUUACCUGCCCUAGAUUUCUGGCGCAACCAAAUUCCAGUUUAUGAUGAGACAUUACAUGGUGAACAUGAUGAAAACGCUUUGGUAGUAUUAGUCUGCAUCCGGUUUGAUAGUGCAGUUCUCAUUUAUGAUACAGUCAUUCACAUUGCACACAUAUUGGAGCAUUGUAUAUCUGGUAAACAUGCAGAAUUUGUUGAGCUUUUACAAGUAGGGUUUGCUUGGCCAAACAACCGUAAUAUCACUGGAGUUCAAGAAGAGUUGGGUGCAGUUGAACCAUCUAGAGGGAUUGAAUCUAAAACUCAGAAGAGCAAAGGAAAGUCUGCUUGA